UUUGGUUUAAAAAUGUAUUUGCUGAUUGUUUAUUCGAUCUCGAGAUUUUAUCGAGGAUAGUCGGUGUUCUUAGUUGGAAUACUUUUCUUACAAUAAUCAAAAGUUGAAAAAUGAAGGAAAUUCCAGUUGAGGAAAUAUACAAAAAAGACGAUAAACUGAAAAAAGAAGAUGUGCUGGCCUUAAUGGAAUGGAUCGAAAAGCAACCACAUUUGCCUAAAAUUUCAGAACUGGAGACAGCGCUUUUCCUCCAUAGUUGUUAUUAUAGCAAUGAAGCUGCCAAAUAUACCAUUGAUACUUACUUUACUGUCAAAACGUUAUGUCCUGAUAUUUUUGGAUCCAAGGAUAUUAAAAACGAUCGUUUACUUCAAAGAGCAAUGAAAACUGUAUUUGUUGGUCCUAUUCGUAAUUCUCCGAAAUCAAAUGAUAUACUUCUCUUCGGAAAGCUGAUGGACUGCAAUCCAGACAACUAUGCGUUUGCACCCCAAUUGAACUUAUUUGAUUUGACCACCAUAAUACAUUAUCUGGAAUACGGGCCUGCCGAUGGUUGUCAUAUUGUGAUAGAUAUGAAAGGAGUCGUUUUUGCACAUUUUCUUAAACUCAAUCCAGUUGUAAUGAAGAAAUUUUUGUAUUAUUUACAGGAAGGAAUGCCGAUAAGACUGAAAACCUUUCACUUUAUUAAUAUUGUAUCGUUUAUGGACAAAAUUUUAGCCUUAAUGAAACCGUUUAUGAAGAAGGAACUAAUUGAUGCGCUACAUCUUCAUACGGAUGCCGAAUCUGCAUUUAAAUAUAUCCCUAGAGAAAUGUUUCCUCAGGAAUAUGGCGGAUCUUGUGAGUCAUCAGAAAUAUUACAAGAGAAAUACAGGUGUAAAAUUAUGGACAACCCAGAUGUUAUUGCCCAUCUGACUAAUCAAGUAGUUGAUGAAUCCAAAAGACAAGGAAAGCCAAAGAACGCUGGAGACUUAUUCGGUGUAGAAGGAAGCUUCAAAAAACUAGAAGAUUCAAAUAUGCAGUUUAAUGAGAUAGCUGUAGAAGAAGUUUACAGAAGAGAUGAAAAGCUAAAGAAAGAAGAUGUUCAGGCGUUAAUGGAGUGGAUGGGCAAACAACCUCAUUUGCCGAAAGCUACAGAAUUACAGGUAGCAUCCUUCCUCCAUAGUUGUUAUUACAGCAAUGAAGCUGCCAAAAAUUCAAUAGAUGCAUAUUUCACAGUAAAAUUUUUAUGCCCCGAUAUUUUCAGUUCAAGGACUAUAAAUGACAAUAUAUUGCGAGCUACUGUAGACACUCAAUUAUUCGUUGUUCUUCCCGAAUUAACACCAGCAGGAGACGCAGUGAUACUAUCAAGAAAAAUCGAUCCCGAUCCAAGAAACUUUCACAUGAUUGGUCAGCUGAAGCUUAUGGAUGUAGUACCACUACUUCAUUCAUACCAAUAUGGCCCUGCAAAAGGCUUUCAGCUCAUAGUAGACAUGGAACUAACCAGCCUUGGGCAUCUACUGAGAAUAAACCCUUCUUAUGUUAAAAAAUUUGCCUAUUAUCUACAGGAGGGAAUGCCAAUCAGAUUAAAACAAAUACAUUUUAUCAAUCUUGUGCCAUUUAUGGACAAAGUAUUUAGUUUCAUUAAACCCGUUAUGAAAAAAGAACUCAUUGACUUGUUUCUAGUCCAUACAAAAAUGGAGAGCUUGUAUGAACAUAUACCCCAAAAAUUACUACCUGAAGAAUAUGGAGGUAACAUUGAGUCAAUUUUGGUACUAAAGGAAAAUGUGAGAAACCUCAUUAAGAACAGUGAAAAUUACUUGAAAUUCCAAGAAUCUCAACUCAUAGACGAAAGCAAAAGGCAAGGUUCAUCGAAAUAUCAGGAAGAUCUGUUUGGAGCAGAAGGAAGUUUUAAAAAAUUAGAUAUUGAUUGAGUUUGUUUCUUUUUUGUAACAUUUUAAAAUAAACGUAAAACUACAAUAAAAA